CUGCUGAGGUUUGUGGACACUCCUUUGCAACAAUGAAUCUGAAAAUCCUUCUUAUCCUUUUCAUGAUGGCUCUGGCCACUAUUUUGGUCUUAGUGUCUAUUUUGCUGACCUGGAAGGAGAAAACGACCCAAUGUGAUGUCGAGCCACAGGCUUCACUGAAGAAAAGGCACAACAACCAGAGUUUGGUUUUUGCUGGCUUGUCAGCUGAAGAGAUGGACCACGUGAUAAGGUAUCUCCAGUCCCACCUGGGUUUGCCAUUGGUAGAUGCUUUUCAUGCCAACCCUUCUGAUAACUGCAUUUAUUAUGUGGAUUUGCAGCUUCCCUGCAAAGAUGAGGUACUCGAGUUCCUUGACCAUGGUGGGGCAUUCCCCACUCGACAGGCACUGGUCGUGGUGUACUUUGGAGGCCAGUCAGACCCCAAUAUCACGGAGUAUGUGGUGGGCCCACUCCCAGUGCCGACAUAUCAUCAGGAUGUGACAGUGCAAAAGUAUGGUGGGAAAAUACCCUACCACAGUAGAACGGUGCUGGGCAAUGAAUAUGAGCAGAUUGGAGAAUUCUUACUGGAAAAGAAACUUCGGGAGGCACCCACCUUUCUGAACCAGGUAUUUGGGCACAAUGGGAGUAACUUCCAAGCUCUCACAUCAGCUCCUCGGGGGUUCCAGUCUGGAGAUCGUGCCACUUGGUUUGCCUUGUUCCAGAAUGUACCUGGCUUCUUCCUUCAUCCUGUGGGACUGGAGCUGUUGGUAGACCACAGCAGUCUGAACAUCUCUCUCUGGAGUGUGCCAAAAGUGUUUUACAAUGGACAAUACUACAGUGGUUUGGCAGAGCUGGAAAGAGCAUUCCUAGAGAAGCGUGUGCAUGUAGAGAAGGUCAAGCCAGUGUCCUCUGAUGGGGGUUUUUCCUCGGUUAAUCCGAGGGUCCCCCCCGGAGGAUUUGGUCCAUUGCACUAUGAGCCUUGUGGGCCACGGUACAGUGUGAGCAACAACCAGGUUGUCUCCUCUUUGUGGAGCUUUGCUUUCAGGAUGGACGUGAACAGGGGACCACAUAUCUAUGAUGUCCGAUUCCGGGGCCACAGGAUUGUGUAUGAGCUUAGUGUGCAGGAUGCCAUGUCAGUCUAUGGCUCCAACAGCCCUGGUGGGAUGUCAACCCGGUACAUGGAUGGGAACUUUGGAAUGGGAAGAUUUACAUAUUCACUGGUCAAGGGGGUGGACUGCCCUUACUCGGCCACUUAUCUUGACGCUACCUAUUUAAUUGAGACCGUAAAGCCAGAGGUGCAGAAGAACUCCAUCUGUGUUUUUGAGGAAAGUCUUGGAGCCCCAUUUCGACGCCAUUACUCCAACCUUCAGUCGCUCUUCUAUGGGGGGCUGCCUGGCUCUGCCCUGGUCUUGCGUUCCGUGGCCACCAUGGGCAACUAUGACUAUGUCUGGGACUUUGUUUUCCAUCUGAAUGGUGCCAUUGAAAGCAAAGUACGAGCCACUGGCUAUAUCACUUCAUCUUUCUUCUAUGGCGAUGGGCUGGACUAUGGCAACAGGGUUGCCGAUCAUACCCUUGGAACCAUCCAUACUCACCUGAUCAACUACAAGGUAGACUUGGAUGUUGCAGAUAUCCUUUUUUAUGAUCAGGACGAGCUCCCCGAGGACCCUGACUUUCGGCGUGUCACCUUGGAGGAGGCGCAGCGGACUUACGCCCAGUCUGUUCGGCUGGUUGGGCUGCAUAAGAAAAUCCAAAUACUCUUGGAGCAGGCGGCAGUACCAAUUGUGACAGCCGCCGCCGCCGCCAAACUCGAGGUGGACCGCGCGCUCACUGACCAGAGGCAGGCAGAGGAGCAACUGUUGGUGGAUGCAGCCGCCGCUCGGGCGCGGGCGACGGCAGGAACGGGAGCGUGCAAGCUCAAGUGGCACCUGCGCAGGCACCGGUCCCAGGCCAGCAACCCCCCGGCCAGCAGCCUCCGGCGCAGUCAGCACCACAGCAACCUCCGGUACAAGCGCCGCCUGGGCAGCUGGGACAACAACCCCCUGGCCAGCAGCCUCUGGCGCAGCCAGCUCCAGGACAGCCUCCGGCACCUCCACCACCAGAUGGGACUCCUCAUGGGAGAGGACGCGCCCAGGGGAGAGGCACCGCAGCCGAGCGGAGCAUCCCUCCAAGACAAAAAACGCCCCCAGCUCUACGCGCCUGAGAAGUGA